ACCCGCCACCCUGAGCCGCCCCCCCGAGACGAGACCUGCCUGCAUUGCAUCCACAUACCGUACAGUACUCGCUGCAGGACUCUCUCUCUCUCUCUCAAUCAUUCACACACCCUCGCCGCAAACACCAUGGCUUCCAACUCCAAAAAGGAUAUGCGCCGUGCCGACCUCAUCGUGCCCUACGCCGAGCCCGCAAAGAACAAGGACGAAAAUGACAUGGCCAGCACGCUGUCGACGACGCUGCCAAUGGCUGCUAUCUUCACCCGAAACAAAAUGAUCGGCUGGGUAGCCGUCGUCUUUGCCAUCCAGGCUUGGCUCGCUGAGACAGCCGAGCAGAAACAGACUUCGUCCACUCCCGCCUACUUCCAGGUCGGCAUGUCCAUCAUGUCGCUCCUCGUUGGCUACUCCCCCAUGCUGCUUCCUCCCCCGCCUGGCACCCAAAGGCAAGCGUCAGGAACAGAGGCGUUCCCGGCUGCUCCCCCGUCGUAGAUGACCGGUGUACCGUAGUCGACAGGUCGUUCCCACUUAGCAGCUGUACUAUGUAAUUGUAUAGUUAAUCCAAUCUUGACUUGACUGGGGGGGCGAGCGACAGUCCCAAGCCAGUAGGCCGCAGUAGCUCUGUCACCCGCAGCCCCAACGUGUGUUACCGUCCUGCA